UUCCAGAGUUGGGAACUGGUGGAAAUUUUACUGCCUCUUUUCAGAGUUCACAAAAGGGAUAGAUGGCUGGUCUGUGAAAGGUAGCUGUCAGCAACUACACAGUAUGUAUUAGACCAGGUAGACAACUUGUUUUGUCUUACAGGAGAUAAGUUACAAGCACAGAGAGCUGCUGGAGCUGGAUUCAGCUAUCGUGAGCACGAGCUGCCUUGCAAGCCUACAGCAGCCCGUAGGCAUCCUCCUUCUGGAGCACGCCCUGAUGGCACUGUCCCCUGCAGAGGAGCCCCCGUCAAAGCGGAUGCGCGGCAGGAUGGAGCUCCCCCCUGAUGUCAUCAAGUGGCUUGAGCUUGCAAAGCUUUACCGGUCUCUGGGAGAUUAUGAUGUCCUUCGUGGUAUUUUCAGUGGUAAGAUUGGGACUAAGAAAAUAACACAGCAAGCAUUGCUGGCAGAAGCAAGGAGUGAUUAUGCUGAAGCAGCUAAAUGUUAUGACGAGGCACUGUCCAAAGAAGACUGGGAAGAUGGGGACCCAACUGAAGCAGAGAAAGACUUCUGGGAACAUGCAUCUCUGGAAUGCUAUGACCACCUCACAGAGUGGAAGUCUCUGGAGUAUUGUGCUACUGUUAAUAUUGACAGUGGUAAACCUCCAGACCUGAGCAAAACAUGGAAUGAUCCAUUUUAUCAGGAGACAUAUCUGCCCUAUAUAAUACGCAGUAAGCUGAAGCUGCUGCUCAGUGGGGAAAAUGACCAGACUUUGUUGACUUUCAUUGAUGAGGCAAUGAAGACAGAACAGAAGAAAGCUCUGAUAGAAAUGCAUUACAGCCAAGAGCUUAGUCUCCUUUACAUCCUGCAAGAUGAUUUUGACAGAGCCAAAUAUUACAUUGGCAAUGGCAUGCAGAUCUUCAUGCAGAGCUAUUCUAGUAUUGAUACUUUGUUAUACCAAAGUCGAAUGAGCAAACUGCAGUCUGUACAAGCUUUGACAGAAAUACAGGAUUUCAUCAAUUUUAUGACCAAAACAAGUAACUUAACUUCACGGGCUAAAUCCCUGAAGAGACUUCUCAGAACUUGGACAAGCAGAUAUCCAGAUGCUAAAAUGGAUCCCAUGAACAUCUGGGAUGAUAUCAUUACAAAUCGGUGCUUCUUUCUUGACAAGCUGCAAGAGAAAUUUCUCUGUGAUCAGGCCAAUGAUAGUAUGGAGGUGGAUGAAGAAAGUGGUGUUGGAGACCAAAUGGAAGUAGAUCAACAGGAUGAAGACAUUCACUCAAUGAUUAGAAGCUGCAAAUUUAACAUGAAACUGAAGAUGAUAGAAAGUGCCAGGAAACAGAACAGCUUCUCUGUUGCCAAGAAGCUGCUGAAGGACCUGCGCAGAGAGGCCAGAACGAGGGAGGACUGGCUGGUGAGGUGGAACUGUGCCUACUGCCGCUUCGUGCAUAGCUGCAGCCAGAGCCAGAGUUGUCCUGAACGAGUGCUUUCUGUCUUAAAAACCAUCUCCCUACUCGAAGAUACCAAGUCAGACUACCUUAACGAGAACAUAAUGGCCUUCCGAAACCAGAAUCUUCUGCUGGGUUCUACGUACCACAUCAUGGCCAAUGCUCUUAGUCAGGAUCCCAAAUGCUUUGAGCAAAUAGAGGAGGAAAAAGCUGGGAAAAUAUUGGAACUGUCAGGAGAAAGUUCUGAGAGUCCUGAAAAGAUAUUAGCAGGUCUGAACAAGAGAGCUUUUCAGUAUUUCAGCAGUGCUGCAAGGAAGUCUGAAGAGGAAGUGCAGUCCCUCUCCAUGGAACACAUUGAUGUGAAGGGAGUUAUCGAUGCAUAUAUGACUUUGGUUGGUUUCUGUGACCAACAUCUGCGUAAGGAAGAAGAAGGCUCACUUGAAAUUAACGCUGCAGAUCUGCAGCUAUUCCCAGCUAUUGUGGUGGAGCAAAUGAUAAAAGCUUUAAAACUGAACUCCAGAGAAGCCAGGCUAAGGUUUCCUCGACUGCUACAAAUAAUUGAAAGAUAUCCAGCAGAGACUUUGGGUCUGGUGACACGAGAGCUUUCUUCAGUUCCCUGCUGGCAGUUCAUCGGUUGGAUUAGCCAGAUGAUGGCACUCCUUGACAAGGAUGAAGCAGUGGCUGUGCAGCACACUGUUGAAGAGAUCGCAGAUACCUACCCCCAGGCAAUCAUCUACCCGUUCAUGAUCAGCAGCGAGAGUUUCUGCUUCAAAGAUACUGCAGCAGGCUGUAAGAACAAGGAGUUCGUAGCAAGCAUCAGGAACAAGUUGGACAGAGGAGGAGUAGUUCAAGAUUUUAUUCACUCCCUGGAACAGCUUUCUAAUCCUGUAAUGCUUUUUAAGGACUGGGUUGAGGAUGUCAGAAAUGAACUGGUAAAAGCUCAGAGGAAUAAAAUUAAACUUAGGGAAAUGUAUGAAAGAAUGUACAAGAAUUUGGGAGAUGCGAAGGCUCCUGGCCUUGGAUGGCUGAGGAAACAGUUUGUUCAGGCUUUUGGGAAGGAUUUUGACAGUCAUUUUGGAAAAGGUGGUUCAAAGCUGUUGGAUAUGAAGGCCAGUGAUUUUAAUGAGAUCACAACAUCUCUUCUCACAAAAAUGAACAAAACCCAUAAAGAACCUGCAAACCUGAAAGAGUGUUCACCAUGGAUGAGUGAAUUCAGAGCUGAGUUCUUGAGGAAUGAGCUGGAGGUCCCUGGUAAGUUCCCUUUCAGUGGUGAUGUUGGAAAUGUCUCAUACAAAAAAGCUGUUGCUUCUGAGCUCUGCUGCUUAUGUUGGCUAUGUGGCCCUUCAUUCUCACCUUACAUAGAAGUAGUCUUAAAUAACUGUUAUUCAAUGUCUUAAAUCUGUUCUUCUGAUAAA